UCAUAUAUACAUUGGGAAAAUGGACGAGAUAUUUCAAAGAUUGAAGAACAAGUCGAAGGUCAACCAAACUUAUUAAAUGAAGCCAAUAAGCGCAUAUUUGAAAUGAUGCAGCCUGACACGCCUGAUGCUCAAAAAAUCGGAGGAAUACUUGCAAUUGCUACUUUAUCUCGCUUCACAAAUUAUUUAAAAUUGGUCUUGCCAUGUAAUGAUCAACAGAUUAUGAUAUUAGCAUCAAAAGCAUUAGGAAAAUUGGCUGCUCCAAGUGGUGCAGUUACUGCAAUUUUUGUACAACGUGAAGUAAAUAAUUCACUUGAAAAUCUCCAAGGUGACAAAAGUGAAUAUCGCCGUUAUGCUGCUGUAUUAGUGUUAAAAGAACUUGCUCAAAAUACACCAACUUUAAUUUACACCCAUGUACCUUCAAUACUUGAUCAUAUAUGGAAUGGUUUACGUGAUCAGAAGCAAAUGAUUCGUGAAGCAUCAGCAGAAACAUUAAGUUCUUGUUUGAAAAUUGUUUGUGAAAGAGAAAGUGCUUAUAGGAUACAAUGGUAUAAAAAAAUUUAUGAAGAAGCAUCAAAAUCAUUAAAAUCAAACAAUGCUGACCACAUACAUGGUUCAUUAUUAGCGUAUAGAGAACUAUUACAUCAUGCAAAAUCGUUCAUGCGUGCUCAUUAUAAGAAUGUAUGUGAGACUAUUUUAAAAUUUAAAGAUUAUCGUGAUAGUCUUAUUAGAAGAACAGUGAUUUCUUUAAUCCCUGUGCUUGCUGAAUUUGAUGAGAGAGAAUUUGUAUCAACUUAUAUACACAAAUCUAUGUUAUAUUUAUUAAGUCAACUUAAGAAGGAACGAGAUCGUUCAAUGUCAUUUAUUGCAAUCGGUCAGGUGGCUUAUGCUGUUGGAAUUGAUAUAGGACCUUAUUUGGAUUCAAUUUUAAGCAAUAUAAAAGAAGGGCUUUCCCCAAAAACUCGAAAUCGAGGUGGUAAUGAGGCACCAUUAUUUCAAUGUAUAGGAAUGUUGGCGAAAGCAGUUGGUCAGCCAUUAACAAAACAUAUGCAUGAACUUUUGGAAUUAAUGUUUGCAUGUGGAUUAAAUCAUUUAUUGAACAUGCUAUCAUUAAUUCUAUGUGGACAGUCAUUUCGACCACCAGGUUCUCCUGCAUCAGAAAUUCAUGAAAUAAAACGACGCCUUGCAAAUCAAAUUUCAGACAUGAAGGAUGUAGAAACUAUAAUUUUGGCUUUGAAAACACUUGGAACCUUUAAUUUCAAAGGACAUAUUUUGAAUGAGUUUGUAAAGGAUUAUGUUAUAUGUUAUCUUGAACAAGAUAACCAUGAAGUUCGAGAAGCUGCAGCUCUUACUUGCUGUCAAAUAUUUGCACAUGAUCCAAUUUUGGAUCAAACAAGUAAUCACGCAAUACAAGUAGUCAGUGAAGUCUUAGAAAGACUUUUAACCACUGGUGUUUCAGACCCAGAUCCACAUAUCCGAGAAAUUGUCUUAUCAAAUCUUACGGAAAGAUUUGACCGACAUCUAUCACAAGCCGAAAAUAUUCGUUCUCUUUUUAUUGCCCUUAAUGACGAGGUUUUUGCAAUUCGUGAAAUUACAAUUUCUAUAAUUGGUAGACUCACCUCUCAUAAUCCAGCUUAUGUAAUGCCAUCAUUAAGAAAAACAUUAAUCCAACUUUUGACAGAAUUAAAAUUUUCAAAUUUCAGUCGAAAUAAAGAAGAGAGUGCACGUCUUUUAAGUUUAUUGGCAUCAGCAUCCCAAAAAUUAAUCAGACCUUAUGUUGAAACAAUACUAAAAGUUCUUUUAUCUAAAUCACGAGAUUCUAAUCCAGCAGUGGCUGCGAGUGUUUUAGGAGCACUUGGAGAAUUGGCACGUGUAGGGGGGGAAGAUCUUUUGCCAUACCUUAAUAGUCUAAUGCCUUUAAUAAUUGAUGCGUUGCAAGAUCAAGGUUCAACGGCAAAACGUGAUGCAGCAUUAAAAGCUCUAGGACAACUUUCUAGCAAUACAGGAUUUGUUAUUGAACCAUAUUUGAAAUAUCCUAAACUAUUAUCUAUUUUAAUUAAUAUUUUAAAAACUGAGUUGACACCAUCAAUUAGACGUGAAACUAUUAGAUUAAUAGGAAUUCUUGGUGCUUUAGAUCCAUAUAGACACAAAAUUACGAUAAGUUCUUCUGAGGAAUCUUUGUCUGAUCCAAAAUCUACAAAUACUGACGUUACAUUGCUACUGAUGGGUUUGGGACCGUCAUCAGAAGAUUAUUAUCCAACUGUUGUAAUAAAUGCCUUGAUGAAAAUUCUCCGUGAUCCCUCUUUAAAUAUUCAUCACACUGCAGUGAUUCAAGCAGUAAUGUAUAUUUUUAAGACUCUAAGUUUGAAAUGUGUACCUUUUUUAUCACAGAUAACUCCAGCUUUCCUUGGAGUAAUGAAAACAUGUCCUUCUGCAAUGUUAGAGUUUUAUUUUCAACAAUUAGGCAUACUUGUUUCAAUUGUACAACAACAUAUUCGCAAUUAUCUUCAAGACAUUUUUGCAUUGAUUGAAUUAUUUUGGCAACCAAGUUCUCCAAUUCAAAUAACAAUAAUUCAUUUGGUUGAAGAGAUUGCUAAGGCUCUAGACGGAGAGUUUAAAAAUUAUCUGCCAAAUCUUUUACCAAUAAUGCUUCAAAUUUUUGAUCAGGACGAUAGUGAUAAACGUCAACCCACUCAAAAAGUUUUGCAUGCACUAGUAGUGUUUGGAACCAACAUUGAAGAAUAUAUGCAUCUCGUUAUCCCAGUAGUAGUCAGACUUUUUGAAAGGCCUGAUGCACCUUUACAGCUUCGUAAAUCAGCUAUUAGCACCAUUGGUGAACUAUCAAAAAAAGUGAAUUUUUCAGGCCUUGCAUCCAGAAUAAUUCAUCCACUUGCUCGGGUAUUAGCCAUAUUUAAUUAUGAACUUAAAAUGGCUGCUAUGGACACACUUUGUGCUCUAGUAUAUCAACUUGGAUCAGAUUAUGUCGUAUUUAUUCCUAUGAUAAACAAAGUUUUACACAAAUAUAAAAUCCAGCAUCAAAAUUAUGAAAAAUUAAUUUCUAAACUUUUGAAGGGUGAAAAGUUAUCUCAAGAUUUAGAUACCGAGGAAAAAUUCAAUGAGGCACAUUUGGAGGAGUUGCCUGCUGUUGAAACUAAUGCAAAAAAAUUGCCUGUGAAUCAGCAACAUUUGAAAAAUGCAUGGGAAUGUUCACAAUGUUCCACAAAAGAAGAUUGGGGUGAAUGGAAUAGACGCUUAAGUGUUGAACUUCUUAAAGAGUCACCAUCGCAUGCACUUCGGGCUUGUGCAAGUCUUGCUGGUACUUAUCAACCUUUAGCAAGAGAACUUUUCAAUGCUGGUUUUAUAUCUUGUUGGUCAGAAUUAUAUUAUCAAUACAAGGAUGAGCUUGUGAAUUCUUUAAUGUCUGCAUUGAAGGCUCCUAACAUUCCUCCAGAGAUUGUAUCAACCAUUUUAAAUUUAGCAGAGUUCAUGGAACAUUAUGAUAAAGCAUUGCCUAUUGACAUUGGGACACUUGGAAAUCAUGCUGAAUCUUGUCAUGCAUAUGCAAAGGCUCUUCAUUAUAAAGAAAUCGAAUUCAUGUCAGACGCUUCAACAGAAACAAUCGAAAAAUUAAUUCAAAUUAAUAACCAAUUACAAUUACCUGAUGCGGCUAUAGGAAUUCUUAAAUUGGCACAAGAAAUGCCAAACAUUCAAGAUUUUCAGAAAAAAGAAAAUUGGUAUGAAAAAUUGAAUCGUUGGGAAGAUGCUUUCGAUGCUCAUCAAAAAAGAAGUAAGGAGGAUCCAAAUGAUUUUAAAGCAACGCUUGGUUUGAUGAGAUGUAUGCUUUCUUUGGGCAACACGGAUGGUUUAUCUGCUUUAGUUCAAGAAAAAUGGCCCGAAUCAACAUAUGAAAUGCGUGAAUCCAUGUCAAUCUAUGCUGCUGCUGGAGCUUGGGCAUUAGGUCAAUGGGGUUUAAUGGAAGAUUAUGUCUCAACUAUAAAAGAAGAUUCACCAGAUCGUACAUUCUACCAAGCAAUCCUUGCUUUACAUAAAAAUCUAUAUAAUGAUGCAGCAGUUAACAUUAAUAAAACUCGUGAUCUGUUAGAUACAGAGUUGACUGCUCUUGUUGGUGAAAGUUAUAACAGAGCAUACAGUGUUGUUGUACGCGUUCAAAUGUUAUCAGAAUUGGAAGAAAUCAUAACAUAUAAACAAUUUUCAGAUCAACCUGAUAGACAAGCAACUAUUAGGAAAACUUGGAUGGAAAGAUUGAAGGGAUGUCAACGUGAUGUAGAUGUAUGGCAAAAAAUUUUAAAAGUUCGAGCAUUAGUCAUAUCACCAAAAGAAAAUAUGGAGAUGUGGAUUAAAUUUGCUAAUCUAUGUAGAAAGAGUGAUAGUUUAGAACUUGCUGAGAAAACAUUGAGACAGUUGCUAGUCGGUGAUCAAAAACUAGAAGCAAUUCAUCCAUCGGUGUUAAAAAGAGCAGCUCCUCAAGUUGUUUAUGCACAAUUGAAAUUUAUGUGGGCAAAAGGUGAACGCCACGAUGCAUUCAAAUUAUUAAGAGAUUUUACUGACAGGAUAUCAGACGAUCUUCACGUUGGUAACACAAGCUUGCUUGCUAGAUGUUACCUUAAAAAAGGUGAAUGGCAAAAGACUCUUCAGGAUGAUUGGGAACGAGAUACAAUUCCAGAGAUUCUACAAUCUUAUUUACAUGCAACACAGUAUGAUAAAGAGUGUUAUAAAGCAUGGCAUGCAUGGGCUCUUGCUAAUUUUGAAGUUAUUUCUCAUUAUGAAAAACGUAAUGCUUUAGAGAAUAAUAGAUCAGAUGACCAGGAAAUCGUUGAAGUUUCUGAGGAAAUGAUGAAUUCAGAAAUUCAACGGGAAAUUUUACGUUAUGUUGUACCCUCAGUACAAGGUAAUUGCCUACAAGACACAUUAAGAUUGUUAACUCUUUGGUUUAAGUACGGAUACCAUCAAGAAGUUAGCACCGCAAUAAACGAAGGGUUUAGCAGCGUCAACAUAGAUACUUGGUUAGAGGUUAUUCCACAGCUUAUUGCGCGAAUUCAUGUGUCUAAUACAAAUGUUAGACGAUUGAUACAUCAAUUACUUACAGAAGUUGGUAAAGAACAUCCUCAAGCUUUAAUUUAUCCACUUACUGUUGCAUCAAAAUCUCAAAGUUUAAAUAGAAAGAAAGCAGCCUUGACAGUUAUGGAUAAACUACGUUCACACAGCCCAGUACUUGUUGACCAAGCAUUGCUUGUCAGCCAAGAGUUGAUCCGUGUUGCUAUUUUAUGGCAUGAGAUAUGGAUGGAACAAUUGGAAGAAGCCUCAAGACUUUAUUUUAUUGAUCGUAAUUAUGAUGCAAUGUUUCAAAUACUAGAUGAUUUACAAGAACGUUUAGAUGGUGGACCUGAAACAUUGCGUGAAAUAACUUUUGUACAAGCUUAUGGUAGGGAGCUUCUAGAAGCAAACUCAUUAUGCAAAAAAUAUAAGCAAUUAGGGGAUGCAGGUUUGCUUACACAAGCGUGGCAAAUUUAUCAUGAAUUGUUUAAAAAAAUUACUACACAAGUCACCAACAUUUCAACACUUGAACUUCAAUACGUUUCACCAAAAUUAUUAGCUGCUAAAGAUCUUGAAUUAGCUGUACCUGGAACAUACAAAAGUGGUGAACCUGUAAUAAAAAUUGUUAGCUUUAUACCUACAGUUAAUAUAAUUUCAUCUAAACAACGACCAAGAAAGCUUAAUGUAAAAGGAAGUGACGGAAAAGAAUACCAAUUCUUGUUAAAAGGCCAUGAGGAUUUACGACAAGAUGAAAGGGUUAUGCAAUUAUUUGGCUUGGUAAAUACACUAAUAUCGUUAGAUUCAGAGACAUUUAAAAGGCAUUUGCACAUACAAAGAUAUACAGUGACGCCGCUUACACCUAAUAUUGGACUUCUUGGUUGGGUUCCUAAUUGUGAUACAUUACAUGCAUUAAUACGUGAUUAUCGUGAAAGCAAGAAAAUACUAUUGAAUAUUGAACAUAGAUUAAUGUUACAGAUGGCGCCUGACUAUGACCAUUGUACAAUAUUACAAAAGGUAGAAAUAUUUGAGUUUGCUUUGGCCAAUACAACAGGACAAGAUCUUUAUAAAGUAUUAUGGUUCAAGAGUAAAAAUUCUGAAGCAUGGUUAGAUCGCCGUACCAAUUAUACAAGAUCAUUAGCACUUAUGUCAAUGGUAGGAUAUAUACUUGGACUUGGUGAUAGACAUCCAUCAAAUAUAAUGUUGGAUCGAUAUACAGGAAAAAUAGUUCAUAUUGAUUUUGGAGAUUGUUUUGAGGUUGCUAUGACAAGAGAAAAAUAUCCGGAAAGGAUUCCGUUUAGAUUGACAAGAAUGCUCAGAAAAGCUAUGGAAGUUAGUGAAAUUGAAGGAAACUUUCGUAUAACAUGUGAAGCUGUCAUGAGUGUUUUACGUAAAAAUAAAGAGAGUCUCAUGGCAGUAUUAGAAGCAUUUGUACAUGAUCCACUUAUUAAUUGGAGAAUAAUGAAUAACCCAAGUCCUAGACAAGACGGAGAGACUAUCAACAAUGCAGGAGCAUCAAAUCGUCGCGCACGUGACAUUAUACAUCGUAUAUCAAAUAAACUAACAGGUAAAGAUUUUAACGAAAACCAAGUUUUAGAUGUUCCAUCUCAAGUAGAAAAAUUAAUUCAACAAGCAACCUCAGUUGAAAAUCUUUGUCAAUGCUAUAUUGUAGGUGUCAAGAGAUCAAAAAUACUUACGUAUGAAAAUAUAAACCCUCUUGUUAAGAAGGUAGAUUAUGCUGUUCGUGGAGAAUUAGCAACUCGAGCAGAAAAAAUUAGAGAUCAAUUAUCUAAGAAACAUACUAAAAGUAAAUACAAUUUUACAGAAGUUGUAAAUUGUAAUAUUGGUAAUCCACAACAACUUUUACAAAAACCAAUCACAUUCUUUCGACAGGUCCUUUCUCUAUUAGAAUAUACUGACCUUUUAUUGCCAGAGAAUCGUGAUAAAGUUGAAGUUUUAUUUCCUUCAGAUGCAAUUGAACGAGCAGGAUUAUUAUUAAAACAGAUAGAAAAUGUAGGUGCCUAUUCUCAUUCUCAAGGUAUACCUCAUAUAAGACAAAACGUCGCAAAAUUUAUAGAAGACCCAGAUAAUAUUUUUCUUACUCAAGGAGCAUCACCAGGAGUUCAGAAUGUAGUUCAACUUAUUGUUUCUAAUAACAAUGUUGGCAUUAUGAUACCCAUACCUCAAUAUCCACUUUAUACUUCUACAUUAGCAUUAUACGACGCACAAACAGUACCAUACUAUUUAGAUGAUGAUGAUGGAUGGAGUUUAAAGCUAGAAGAACUGUACCGAUCAUAUUUAGAAGCAAAAGGAAAAGGAAUAGAUGUUCGAGCGCUUGUUAUAAUAAAUCCUGGAAAUCCUACGGGACAAUGUUUAACAGAACAAAAUAUAAGAGAAAUUAUUAAAUUUUGUUACAAGGAAGGACUAAUUCUUUUGGCAGAUGAGGUAUAUCAAGCAAAUGUGUAUCAACCUGUAGAAAGACCAUUUCAUUCAUUCAAAAAAAUUCUUAGAUCAAUGGGACAAGAAUAUGAAGGUUUAGAAUUAUUUUCAUUUCAUUCAGUUUCCAAAGGUAUGAUAGGAGAAUGUGGUAAAAGAGGAGGAUAUUUUGAGUGUACAGGAAUCGACAUGGAUGUGGUCGAUGAGCUUUAUAAGGUUGCCUCGGUCAAUCUUUGUCCAAAUGUAGAAGGACAAAUAAUCGUGGAUUUGAUGGUUAAACCUCCAAAAAUUGGUGAUAAAAGUUAUCCAUUGUAUGAUGAGGAAAUAAAAACAAUAUAUGAAAGUUUAAAGAGACGUAGUCAAAAAUUAUGUGAAUUGUUUAAUCGAUUGGAAGGUGUAUCAUGUAAUAGUGCACAUCCUGAUGAAUUUUAUUGUUUAGCAAUGCUCGAAUCAACAGGGGUUUGUGUUGUACCUGGUAGUGGUUUUGGGCAAAAGGAAGGUACAUGGCAUUUUCGCAGUACAUUUCUUCCACCAGAAGAAUUAUUUGAUGGAUUUUGUAAAAGAUUAGAGAACUUUCAUAAAGAAUUUCUUGUAAAAUACCGUGAUUGA